GUCAGCCAAUCACAGAGCUCAGAGGUGAUGUCAUGGCGAGAGCGAGCAGUGGUGCUGAUGUGAAGAGAAGCCCAGGGUACCACUAAUUGAGGGAGUGAGGAAGGAAGCACCUCGCCUGAACAGGACCGCAGAUUUGUGACAGCGUCCUGAGCUGGUGACAGACCUACUCUGUGACUUUCAGCCAGAUUCAGUCCUCACAUUCCUGAAAACAUGACCCUCGCCGCCUACAAAGAGAAGAUGAAGGAGCUCCCACUGGUGUCCUUGUUCUGCUCCUGUUUUCUGGCCGAUCCUCUGAAUAAAUCAUCCUAUAAAUACGAAGGCUGGUGUGGGAGACAGUGUAGGAGGAAAGAUCAAAGCCAGCGGAAAGACAGUGCUGACUGGAGAGAAAGAAGAGAGCAGGCAGACACAGUGGACCUGAACUGGUGUGUAAUUUCCGACAUGGAAGUCAUUGAGCUGAACAAAUGUACCUCGGGCCAGUCCUUUGAAGUCAUCCUGAAGCCACCUUCCUUCGAUGGGGUCCCCGAGUUCAAUGCCUCCCUACCCAGGCGGCGAGACCCAUCGCUGGAAGAGAUCCAGAAGAAACUAGAAGCAGCUGAGGAGCGAAGAAAGUACCAGGAAGCUGAGCUCCUGAAACACCUAGCAGAGAAACGAGAACACGAGCGGGAGGUGAUCCAAAAAGCCAUUGAGGAAAACAACAAUUUCAUCAAGAUGGCUAAGGAAAAACUGGCCCAGAAGAUGGAAUCCAAUAAGGAAAACCGGGAGGCCCAUCUUGCUGCCAUGUUGGAACGGCUGCAAGAGAAGGAGCCGCCUGCUGCGCGGUGACUCCCGGGACCCGAUCGGUGGCCUCGUCCCAUGGACAAGCACGCGGAAGAGGUGCGGAAAAACAAGGAGCUGAAGGAAGAGGCCUCCAGGUAAAGCCCAGAGGCCAAAGAAGUUUCCAGAACAGCCGGACAGCUCCAGCAGCUCCGCAGUUCCCGAGGCAGCCUCGUCCGCCGCGGGCUGCUCUCCCAGCACUGGGGUUUGGGGGGGAGGGGGGUGGCCAGGGGUGUUUCCUCUGCUUUUGGUGUUUGUACAUGUAAAGAAUUGACCAGUGAAGCCAUCCUAUUUGUUUCCGGGGAACAAUGAUGGGGUGGGAGAGGGGAGAGAAGGAGAGAACUUGGGAAAGAAGAUGGAGAAGGACUCACGGACAUUGCAACCCUGCCCACCGCAGACUCAGGUCAAGUCCUUGGCUUUUCUUCGCGGUGAAUGUCCAGGCACCAUGUUGAGGGAGGCUGCAAACGGGGCAGAGUCCGGGGUGGGGCAGCGGCUGCAGGGCCCUGUGGGGGAAGCCCAGGGAGAGGGUGGGGGGGCCCCCGGACGUGUUGCUUCCGCCCUACAACAGGUGGGAUGAGGUCCGAGUGUGUGUGUAUUAACCAUCAUCUUUUGAUCAUCAUGACCAAUGAAAUAUUUACUCCAGGUC